UGAUAGAUGCAGCAGAACACCUACCUCAAAUGCCAAUGUUCAAUAACCUAACGGAUUUGGAUUUCUUUGCGGGUUCGUCAGUAUGUCUUGACUGUGUAGGACUGUUGAGGAUAUUGCAAAAAUCUCCUUGUCUCAAGACUAUGAAAUUUUUUCAGGGGAUUACUCUGUCUAAGGAAUAUGAGAACGAUGAUUGGAUACUAGAAUCACUGCCUCCAUAUUUCUUGUCCCAUCUCAAGUGGAUUGAAGUCGGUAGUUAUAAUGAAGAUGGGGAGGAUCUUUCUGCUCUAAAGAUUUUGCUCAAGAAUACAGUUGUCUUGGAAGAAAUAGUUAUAUUUUGCUUAGAUCAUUUUGAAGGGGACUUAUGGAAGCUUGCAAAUCUCUACAAACAGUUGAUAGAGAUCCCUAAAGGGUCACAAAAAUGUAAAAUCGUUUUGAAAUGAGCCUUUCUUGAGCUCUUAUUCUAGAAAAAAAAAAAGCCCUGAAUUCCUCUUCCUUGGAAUAUGUAAGAGUAUGGCUUGUUAGCCUUCUACCCUA